AUGAAUAAAACAACAGAUGCUUCAACAACUAUUGAUCAAGAACUUUAUCCAGCUCUUAUUCAAUGUUUUUUUAUAAUAAGUGCUGGUUAUAUAGCUGGUCAACUUAAUCUUUUAACAAAUUCUCAUUCAAUUGGUCUUUCUCGUUAUAUAAGUAAUUUUGCGUUACCAGCUGUUAUAUUUAAGAAUCUCGUUGAUAUACAAUUUCAAAAUAUCUCAUGGCAAUUUCUUACAUCUGUAUUAAUUAGUAAAACAAUUUUAUUCUUUUUAACAAUUCUCUUAGCAUAUAUAGCUGAACGUCCAAGAAAUUAUGCAAGUAUGGGUCAUUAUGGUAUAAUAACAACACAGAGUAAUGAUUUUGCACUUAUAUUACCUAUAAUCGAAGCUGUAUAUAAAGAAUCUCAUCCUGAAUAUAGUCGAUAUGUUUAUUUAAUAGCACCUAUAUCACUUGUUAUACUUAAUCCUAUUGGAUUUUUUUUAAUUGAAAUUCAAAAACGUAUUGAUGAUCAACGAAAACAUCGAGAGAAAUCUUGGCAACAUUUACAAUUAAUAUCAUCAGUUUUUCAAAACAUAUGUUGUAAUCCAAUUGUUAUAUGUACUAUACUCGGUAUUAUAUUCAAUUAUAUAUUCAAUCAACAUUUACCAAAUACACUUGAAUAUAUUUUAACACCAUUAUCUCAAUCAUUUACAGCAACAGCUUUAUUUUAUCUUGGUUUAACAAUGGUUGGAAAAUUAAAUCGUUUACAUGCACAUCUUGUUAUUACAGUUUUUCUUCUUAGUAUUAUCAAAUUAGUUAUAUUUCCAUUAAUUUUACGACAAGCAGUUUUUUUUCUUGUUAAACCAAUCAAUGGAAGUUUACAUAAUACAAUUGAUUAUUCAAAUUUAGGUUUUCUAUAUGGAACAGCACCUACAGCACCAUCUGUAGUAUUUUAUGUUCCAGAAACAAUGUUAGGUUUACAAACAAUUGCAUCAACGGAACUUGUUAUUUCAACUUUACUUGCAGGACCCAUUAUGCUUGUUUCAGCAAAAAUGAUAAAUUUACAUACACUUGAUCUUGGAACAACUCAAUUAUAUGAAAUAUUAUUAACUAAAACAGCAUUUGAUGUUAGUAUACUAUCAUUAUUUUGUACAAUUAUUGUUCUUAUUGGAUUUUGUUUACGACAUCGACGAUUCAAAAUAUCUUUUAUUCAUAAAUAUACAUUUGUUUGUGUUGGCCUACAAAUGAUAUUAGCUAUUUGGACAAUUAUCAUGCAUUAUGUUAAACAACCUUUAUUGUCAACAACAUCAACAAUAUUCGAUUUAGGUAGUAUUUUCAUAGCAUUAGCUACUCGAACAUGGGUAACAAGUCUUUCAAUAGCCUUAAUGAUAACUACAUGUCAUUCAAAUGAAUUAGCACGUCGAUGUUCUUGGAUAUAUCAUGUAUUUGGAUGGUUUAUACCAGCAUCGAUAUCAUUAAUAAUCUAUUUUUCUGCAUUGUUUGGUCCAACAGAAGAAAUAUCACUAUUAGGAGUAGAAAAACUCGGAAAAAUUCAAGUUAUUUUAUCAAUAUUAUUACUUGCUUUCUGUACUUUAAUCAAUACAAUAAGUCUUCUUCGUAUUGCACGUCGAACAUAUCGAUUACGACACGACUCAACUGAUAGUCAUUCUCAUAAUAAUCAUUCAGAUUUUGUAAGAAAUGAAGUACAACCAUUAAUGGUCGAUGAAGAUGAUCAAACAUUUAUACCACCUUUUAUUCCCGACGAGGGUGAUAAACAAUUAUUUCGUCAUGCAAUACUUGUUGCUCUAUUGACGAUUGAUGCUGUUAUUUGCGUAUCAAUAUUAUUAUGGGUAUUGAUAUCACAUGAUCGUAAUGGUAUUUAUUAUGAAUUACAAUUUUUAGACACAGUUCUAUUGUAUGGACAAGGUAUUAUGACGUUUCUUGUCUUUGCAUUAGAUGCUGAUUUACUUGUACCUAUAAAACGAAAAAUUAUGAAAAUAUUAUCUUGUUUUGGAUAUAAUACAAAUCGUCCUCAAGAUCCAAUUAGAAAUCGAUCGAUUGAAAAUAACGAUUCAUUGGAUUUUGAACUUCAAAUCCGACCAAAUUUUACUCGUCAAUCAAAUUUUCGAAUGGAAUCAUCAUGUAUGUAUAUCUAUUGUGCUAUUAAUUUUAAUUAG